UCACCUUCUCUACAUUCUCUACUCUCCCUCUUCCAAACUAUAUACCGUAUGCCAAAGCCAACCUUUAUCAACUACCACUUGCUUGUAUAAAUAGGAGUACUUCCCGUAACAUAAGUUUCCAAGAUCAAAAUAUUUCUUCUACUUAAUCACAGAGUUUGCUCUUUCUUUCUCUAUACCUUGAUACAUGUUCCACCGGUUUCUAAUACAAAGAUCAAAAACCAUGACCAAGGUAUACCCAAAUGCAACAACAGAAAUCCCAAGAAUUCCGAAACAAAUUUCAGACAGGGAAGUGGAGGUGUUAACUGUAUGGAAAAAAUCACUUCUCUUCAACUGUAACGGUUUUACCGUUUUUGAUACAAAAGGAAAUCUUGUUUUUCGUGUGGAUAAUUAUCGAGCUGGGAAUAAAACGGAAAUCUUUUUAAUGGAUGCCUCAGGAAAAACUCUUCUUACUAUCCGUCGUAAGAAAUUGAGUUUAACAGAUAACUGGAUGGUAUUUGACGGAGAAACUUCAAUUAAUCCAAGAUUUUUGGUGAAAAAACCCGUGAAUUUCUUGACAACAAAGAACCUAGCUCGCGUGAUAUCCUGCCAAGGUAACAACAAGGAAUUGAUGUAUGAGAUUACCGGAUCGUAUGCACAACGGUCUGUGGCUGUGUAUGAUAAUAAAAAAAGACUUGUAGCUGAAAUUCAAAGGAAAGAAGCUAAAGCAGGUGUAACAUUUGGUGGUGAUGUAUUUAAGCUGAUGGUGCAACCUGAAAUUGAUCAAGCAGUCACUAUGGCUCUUGUUAUAUUAAUGGAACAGAUGUUUGGCUUGAAAAGAUCAAACAGUUUAGAUAGUUUACGUUGAUUAAUGAAGCGUUAGAGUUGUUGCUGGAACGCGGCUAAGUGGAUUAUCAAUGACCUCCUGGAUUGUCAAGUAAGGAGAAUGUCGCACAGCACAAGGUCAUUGAUUGGAAAAAUAUUUGAUGAAAACAGAUAGCAAUGAGAUUUGGAAGCCUAGAAUCACAAAUUACGUCAUGCCAGUAUGCUAAUUACGGACCCGGCGCCGGCGGCAAUCCAAAUAGUGAGAGCGUCAUCACUACUAACAUCUGCUAACAUGGAGAAAGGGUUUUUUUUAGCUGUAUGUUUGUAAAAAGAUGUUUUUGUUAUACUCCUUCCUUAACAUUUUGUUGGGUGCAAUAACCAAAAACAAAGAAAAAUCAAAUAAGCAAAAAGUUAUUGAUACUU